AGAAGAGAGUGGGCCAUUAACUAAAGCUCAGUCAAGUUUCGCCAGUCGAGGGAGAAGCAUCAGCGUAUCCGUGCGCACAAGACUAUCUUCGCUGUUUGUCCAACUGUGGAUGUUUCUACCGGUUGUUUUCAUACAUCUAUCGGAUAUAAACGUCUGAAAGAGACCUGUGAAGAGCUAUCGCUUUAACGGCGAGCGCCUCCCCUUCCCCCUAAUAUCUGUGCCCCCAAUCGUACAGAUAACAUGGACGGAUUCUAUGACCAGCAAGUCCCAUUUAUGGUUCCACCCAGCUCUCAUGUGGAGGAGCCAUCACACAACAGACCAGUCAACGACAGAAAGAGGAAAUUUAUCGACGCCGAACUCGCCCUGGAUACAGAAGAGCUCUUUCAGGACCUCAGUCAGCUGCAGGAGAUCUGGAUUGCUGAAGCCCAAGUUCCUGAUGACGAGCAGUUUGUUCCCGACUUCCAGUCAGACAACUUGAUGUUUCAUGGCCCGCCUCCAGCCAAGAUUAAGCGCGAGCUGAGUCCAUCCAAAGAUCUUUCCCCCUGUCACCAGGACAGGAGUCCCAUGCCAUACGGAGAGAAGUGCCUUUACAGCUACAGUGCCUGUGACAGAAAGCCAACCCCCGGAUUCAAGCCAUUAACCCCUCCCUCCACACCAGUGUCCCCAUGUGUGUCCACCGGUGCUGCAGGAACGCACCCCCUCAGCGAGCGAACCCCUCCGCCGCACCCCAACGUAGCCAACCCAGCCGCGGGCCCACGUCCUGUUCACGCGCCGCAGUCCAUACCAAGUGCGGCCGCUGCCAACCAACCGCCGCUGCCAGUCCACAGCCCGCCCUUCGCUGUGCCGCGAGCCCUGAUUGGCCAGGAUGCCAACAACUUCACACCUGAGCACAGGUUCCAGCGGCAGAUGUCAGAACCGUGUCUGCCUUUCCCGCCCUCAGAAAACCGAGGGCGCCCCCAGUUCUUGCCACAGCCCCACAAUAACAGCAGCAACAGCCUGCCGCGAGAAUGCCGGCCCCCGUACCAUCGUCAGAUGUCUGAACCGCUGGUGCCCGCGCCUCCGCAGGGCUUCAAGCAAGAGCUCAUUGACCCACGUUAUGCUGAGCAGAGCAUGCCCACCAUGAGCCCGCCCGGACCUCCUCUGGGUCCUCCUCGCCAGGCUCCUUUCCAUCCCAUGGCUAUCAAACAAGAGCCACGUGACUUCUGCUUCGAUUCUGAAGUGCCUAACUGUCAGUCAUCGUUCGGAAGAGUGGGGCCGUUCUUCCAAAAUAACCAUGAAAACUUCUCCUACGACAGAGACCCUCAUCUGUACUUUGAUGACACCUGUGUGGUCCCCGAGAGACUAGAAGCUAAAGUAAAACAGGAGCCGUCCGUCUACCGGGACGGGCCUCCCUACCAGCGCCGUGGCUCCCUGCAGCUGUGGCAGUUCCUGGUCACGCUGCUGGACGACCCUGCCAACGGCCACUUCAUCGCCUGGACCGGCCGCGGAAUGGAGUUCAAGCUGAUCGAGCCCGAGGAGGUGGCUCGUCGUUGGGGCAUCCAGAAGAACCGACCUGCCAUGAACUACGACAAACUGAGCCGCUCCCUGCGCUACUACUACGAGAAGGGCAUCAUGCAGAAGGUAAAGGUGGCAGGAGAGAGGUACGUGUACAAGUUUGUGUGCGACCCCGAGGCUCUCUUCUCAAUGGCCUUCCCCGACAACCAGAGGCCCAACUUGAAGGCCGACCUGGACAACAUGACUGGGCUGGAUGAGGACACCGUGCCUCUCACCCACUACGAGGAUGCUGCCCCCUACCUGCUGGACGGCGGGGAGCAGUGCGUGGCCAGCCUGCCCUUCCCUGACGGCUGCAGCUACUGAUCUGUGGCCAGGCCCCGACGCACAACACACACGCAAACACUCCCAAAGUCUCUUGACACCCAAGGUAGAACUGCUGAGCAGGACUCUCCAAGUGGAACCCCUCCAUGAAUGCACUGCAGCUGUACAAGAAUGAGGGGAGAACCUGAGCCCCGACUUCCCACUGCACCGCAGAACGAGAGAGAGACAGGGAGGCGCUUGUGAGGCCAGUGGACGGAGUUGCUUCCUAAAGCACGACUCGUUGCAGCAGAUCUGGAGACCAAACGUUGAAGACAAACUGACAGCCCUCCUUUCCACCUCUGACAAUCUGUUCAAAACAAUCAGGAAUCCAAAUCUUUUAGGAAGCCAACCACCUACGUAUAUUCUAGUGGAGCACUAUUCUAUAGCUGCCUUCCUCUCAUGUCACCACAUCUGAUCCACCAGAUCCGUGAAAAGGGCUUUAAUUUGCGAGGCGGGUCGACCCAAACGACACAUUCUGAAUUUUGUUUCUGUUUGUUUCUGUAGAUAUGACUGUAAUCUUCUUUCCGCGGUUUCGUUGAGGUGUUCUCCACCUCCAUUUGGAUUUGCGGUUCUGUCGUGUACAUGUUUGUUUCAUUUGUUCUGCCCGUGCUCGUGUCUCCUCUUUAACGGUACGCGACUGCGUCCAAAGCGGUUUAGCAGUGAUUUCAAAAGGGAUGCGAGAACCACAGCUGUGUUGAUUAUUAGCAAUGUUUCCUCUGGUUUUGGUAUUUCUGUCUGCGUUCCUCUGGUGCACCAGUAUGGCAGGAGCAUCACGCAUGCGAACGAAAAUCCGGCGUCCCUCCUCCUCAUCCUCCUCCUCCGCCAAACUCAGCGGGAAGACUUCUCUCUGCAUGGUCUCUCUGCUGACAUCCACCAACAUAUCGCUUUACUGUCUUUUUGGACAAAGAUUUGUGAUAUUAUCUGCAUUUUUUUUGUGUUUUGUUAUUUGUGUUAUUGAACGGGGACAAAGACGAACUUAUAUAAAGUAUAUAUUUUUGCUAUAAGGCUGCAGUUGUUCUUAUUUUAUUGUUGUAUAGUUCUGGCUCUGAUAGUCACCUACCUUUUUUAAAUAAAUAAUCCUACGACUGCAGACUGCUUCUGUAACAGGCCUGUGUUUGGGAAACUAACAAUGAUGUCAUCUUUGUUGUGAAAGACCGGGGUGGUGGUCUGCACUUGUACAGGCUUCUGUUGCUCCUCCCUCUCCUCAAAAUGUGUUUCUUACACUGCUGAGUUUAUGAUAAUCUGUACUGGGUACAAUAAACGCUCCUUGAUGCUUCA